UAUAAUGCAUUUUUUUAAAAGUUUGUUUAUUCAUUUUGAGAGAGAAUGUGAGCAGAUGAGAGAUGAGAGAGUGAGAGAAUGAGAGAGAAUCCCAAGCAGUCUCCGCACUGCCAGUGUGGAGCCUGACAUGGGCCUUGAACUGAACCUGUGCGGGGCUUGACCAUGGGAUCAUGACCUGAGCCAAAUCCAGGUUUGAUGCUCAACCACUGAGCCACCCAUGCGCCCCAGGUCUAAUGCCUUUUUUGAUUAAACUAAGUGUCACAAUGUCUCACUGACCAGUGUUCCUAACACAGAGCUAAGAUUCUUACCCUCUGUGUUCUCAUGGUACCCGAGGGUGUAUGUAUAUGAUGUUAAUUGUAUUUAUUUCUUUACUUGACUGUGUGAUAUUUUAUUCUGAGCUGCCCAAGAGUAGCUUUUUAGGUAAUUCAAAGAGAUCUUCAGUGACUUGUAGUAUAUUCAACAAAUGAAUGAAUGAGUGAAUAAUUAGCAUGGUAUUGCCAGAAUAAUGAUCCUUUUAAAGUACCCCUAACUAAUCCCCUUGAAAGAUGGUAGAAUUUGAUUUUCAUAUAUAUACAAUGUAUAUUUUUAUUCACUACUACAGAUAAACAAAGAGGCAUAAAAUGGUCAAGGCAAACUUGACAGUCAUUUCCAAUUUUAUUUUCCUGGGGUUUACUCGUUACCCCAAAGUUGAGGUCAUCAUAUUUGUGCUGUGCUUGCUGAUGUACCUGAUCACCCUGCUGGGUAAUAUCAUUCUGAUGUCCAUCACCAUCCUGGAUUCCCACCUACACAAACCCGUGUACUUCUUCCUCAGCAACCUCUCCUUUUUAGACAUCUGGUACACCUCUUCUGCUCUCACUCCAAUGCUGACAAACUUUGUUUCAGGGAAAAACACCAUCUCAUUCUCAGGAUGUGCCACUCAGAUGUACUUUUCUCUUGCCAUGGGCUCCACUGAGUGUGUGCUCCUGUCCACGAUGGCGUAUGACCGGUAUGUGGCCAUCUGCAACCCUCUGAGAUACCCCAUCAUCAUGAACAAGAGGGCUUGUGUGCAGAUUGCCGCUGGCUCCUGGAUGACAGGCUGCCUCACCGCCCUGGUGGAAACAGUAUCUGUGCUGCAGCUGUCUGUCUGUGGAAGUAGCAUCAUCAAUCACUUCACUUGUGAAAUUCUGGCUGUCUUGAAACUAGUUUGUGUGGAUACUUCCAGGGUGCAGUUGAUCAUGCUGGUGAUCAGCGUACUUCUUCUUCCUAUGCCGAUGCUCCUCAUUUGUGUCUCUUACGCAUUCAUUCUCUCCAACAUCCUGAGAAUCAGCUCAGUGGAUGGUGGAAGCAAAGCCUUUUCAACAUGCGCAGCCCACCUGACUGUGGUGGUUUUGUUCUAUGGGACAGCUCUCUCCAUGUACCUGAAGCCCUCUGCUGUAGAUUCACAGGAAAUAGACAAAUUUAUGGCUUUGGUAUAUGCUGGAUUAACCCCCAUGUUGAAUCCUAUCAUUUAUAGUUUACGGAACAAAGAGGUAAAAGUAGCUGUGAAAAAAUUGCUGAUUAGGAACCCUCUGUGUGCUUUUUCAAUCCCCCAUAGCAAAUCAUAACAUUAGUCUAAGGGAUGUAUUGACGUGUUCAAUACGCACCAGAACAUUGGACUAAGAGGGGAAGACACUCAUUUUAAAUAAGAUGUGUGAUUUCCUAAGUUUCCUCCUUGACUGACUGCUGAAGCUCUAAGAUAAUAUAGACAUAUGUUACAUAAGCAUAUCUGAAAUCUUACAUAAAAAGGGCUCAUGGUGACAAAUUUCAAUAUUUUGUUUUGGGUGAUAGAAUGUAAGUAUAGCUUUAAACAUUAAGUUAGUGUAUUGUUAGUAUUCAAAAUUAUGUGCAUGUAAUAUACAAAUGUAAAAACUAUAGUAGACUUUUUAGAUAGUUUAUUAUUAACCUCUGUUUUAGGCUGAGUUGUGUCCCUGCAAAACUUAUGUUGAAGCUCUAAUCCCCAGUACCUCAGAAUGUAUCUACUUUUGGAGAUAAGGCCUUUAAAGUGGUGAUUAAGUAAAGCGAGGCUAUCAGUGUGGGCCCUCAUACAAUUUGAGUUGUGUCAUUAUGAGAAAAUAUUUAAGAAAUUUAGACACACAUGAGUACACGAGUGUUGCUCACACACAGAAGCAAGGACAUAGCAAGAAAGCGGCUAUCUGAAAGCCAGGGAGAGGCCUCAGAAGAAAUCAAAUCUGCCAACACUUUAAUCUUGGUCUUCUAUCCUCCAGAACUAUGAGCAAGUCAAUUUCUGUUGUUCAGCCAGUCAAGUCUCUGCUAUUUUGUUGUGGUAGCUUUAGGAAACUAGUACAACCUCUUUUUCCGCAUUGCUAAAUUUAAUGGGAGUAAUUGCAUAUUCUAUAAAGUGUGACUAUGUUUUACAUGUGUGGAAAUAUUUGUGCAUGCAGAUGGAUGUGUGUGAUGUGAAUAUAUAUGUACAAAUGGAGAAGGUCUGCACAAAUGUAUACUGAAUAGAAAUGGGGUAGAGGAAUGCUAUUCUGGAAAAAAUAUGAGAGAGUUUAGCAAUUUGUUGUUGGUCUUCGAGUGUUGAUGUUAUUUAGUAAAUUCAAAGAAGCUGCAGGAUGUUUCAGUGAAACUAUGAAGGCCCUUCCCUUUUUUAUUGUGAUAUCCGCUAAGACCUAUAUCCUUUAAUUCAAGGGUGUAAAUGAAGCCAUAAGCAUUUAGAAACAAAAUACAUAAUAUAUUUGUAUUAUAAAAUAUACAGUACCCCAAACCCACUAAAAUGGUGUGAAGUAGUGAAAUACAUGAAUAUAUCUUAUAAUAUAAACCACAAUAUACAAGGAAUUAAAAAAUGUACACUCAUCCGUAUUUGUAACAUUUGUAUGUCCUUUCUGGACCAGAUGACUAAAUGUGAGGUCAGUGUGCAAAACUGCUUUUUAUCAUGAAGCUGUCACCAGAGUCUAUAAAAUUGAUAUGAUGCCCUGGAUCCUGAAAGCAGUCGGAUGAAGAAGAUAGGAUAAAUAUGGGAUUACAGGGCUGUAGGGCUGGAUUUGAUUUCUCAGAUAUGAAUGAACAGUCAUCAAAGAUGAUUGGUCCAUUGGUGUCAGUAAAGAACUCUGAUGCAGGCAUUGAUUGGAUGAGAGGAGAUGCCUAAGGAUGAUGACUUCACAAAGUUAGGGAUGUAAGUCGGUUGACUGGUUGGCUGUGCAUUGAUGGUUAGACUUACAGAUGAAGACAGAUUUGUGAAAUCUGGGCAAGAAAUCAGGUCUAAAGCUAUACAUAUGUUGGGAAAUCUUUUGCACAGAGAUGGAAAUUGAGCCCUUGGUGUGGAUGAUGUUGUCUAGUGAGAAAUUUAGGACAAUUGCCUAUAAAAUAGUUGGCUAUAUUUUCCUGUUAUUGAUCACAGCUGUGGUAAAAAUGAAAGUAUAGUACACUUGGGAUCUAGAGUAAGUUUUCCAAAGGAUACAAAAUGCUGAUUUGAUGAACACAUGCAUCCCAAUGUUUUUACCAACACUAUCAACAAUAGCCAAAUUAUGGAUAAUCCCAAAUGUCCACUGACUGAUGAAUGGAUAAAGAAGAGAAUGGUGUACACACACACACACACACACACACACACACACACACACACACAAUGGAAUACUACUCGGUGAUCAGAAAGUCUGAAAUCUUGCCUUUUGCAACAAUGUGUUUGGAACUAAAGUAUGUUAUGCUAAGCGAAAUAAGUCAGACUGAGAAACACAAAUAUCAUAUGAUUUCACCUAUAUGUGGAAUUUAAGAAACAAAACAGAUGAACAUAGGGGAAGAGAAGAAAAAAAAAUGAGAUAAAACAGAGAGAGAGAGAAACCAUAAGAGACUCUGAAAUACAUAGAAGAAACUGAGGGUUGCUGGAAGGGAGGUGGAUGGGGGAUGGACUCAAUGGGUGAUGGGUAUUAAGGAGGGCUCUUGUUGGAAUGAGCACUAGGUGUUAUAUAUAAUUAGUAGAAUCACUAAAUUCUACUCCUGAAACCAAUACUAUAGUAUAUGUUAGUUAACUAGAAUUUAAAUUUUAAAAAUUUACAUUUUUUUGUUUCUGUAUAAUCUUAGUGAUUUUAGGAGAUUUCUUUUUUUUUUAAUGUUUAUUCAUUUAUUUUGAGAGAGGGAGAAUGUGUGCACAUGCCCUCAAGCAGGGGAGGGCAGAGAGACAGGGAAAGAGAGAAUCCCAAACAGGCUUUUCCCUGAUCACCUCCCCCUCCCCCAGUACACACACACACACACACACACACACACACACAAUGUGGGACUUGAUCCCAUAAACCGUGAGAUCAUGUCCUGAGCCAAAAUUAAGAGCUGGACCUUUAAAUCAAUGAAUUACCCAGGCUCCCUGAUCUUAGGCAAUUUCUUGAAUAUCCGAAUCAAAUUUCCUUGUUUAUGAAAUGGGAAUAAUUAUUUAAAAAAUUUUAAUAUUUAUUUUUGAGAGAAAGAGAGAAACAGUGUGAGUGGGAGAAGGGCAGAUAGAGAGGGAGACACGGAAUCUGAAGCAGGCUCCAGACUCUGAGCUGUCAGCACAGAGCCUGACAGGGGACUGGUAUCCAUGAACCGUGAGAUCAUGACCUGAACUGAAGCCGGGUGCUCAAGCCACCCAGGUGCUCUGGGAAUAAUUUAAUAUAUUUAUAAUAAUUAUUUAAAAAUUCGUAUUUGCUAAUUCCCAAAGACCACCUGACAAUUAGCUAUGAUGAUAGCCUUAUCACU